GGACUUUAAUUUGACUGAUUAAGUUUAGUUUGUGGAAACAAAAGAUAGACUGAUCGUUUGCUCGAAUACAUUUUUAUCGGAAGUUUAAUUUUAGUAAUGUAAAAAAUUUCAGAUCUUCUAAUUGAUAAAUUUAACCUUUAGCUCACUUUUAAUUGGCUUAGUUUAUAAAAAAAUUGCAAAAUGGCCGAUGUCAAUGUUGGAGCGUUAGCUUUUAUUGUAGCAAUUUUAGCAUUGAUUGCAAAUUUUUCGAUUCACAAAGUCGAAGAAGGCCAUGUUGCAGUUUACUACAGGGGUGGUGCUUUAUUGUCUACUACAAGUGGUCCAGGUUUUCAUAUGAUGAUACCUUUUCUCACAUCUUUCCGACCUGUUCAAACAACUUUGCAAACUGAUGAAGUAAAAAAUGUUCCAUGUGGUACAAGUGGUGGUGUAGUUAUAUAUUUUGAUAGAAUUGAAGUAGUAAAUAUACUUAAACCUGCAGCUGUUUACGAAAUUGUCAAGAGUUAUACAGCAGAUUAUGACAAAGCUCUCAUAUUUAAUAAAGUUCAUCAUGAACUUAAUCAGUUUUGUAGUGUUCAUUCUUUGCAAGAAGUUUACAUAGAUUUAUUUGAUCAAAUUGAUGAAAAUUUGAAGAAAGCACUUCAAGAGGAUUUAACAGUUAUGGCUCCUGGACUUAACAUACAGGCUGUUCGUGUUACCAAACCAAAAAUUCCUGAGCAAAUUCGGAAAAAUUAUGAAUUAAUGGAAGCUGAGAAAACUAAAUUACUCAUCACUAUUCAACAUCAAAAGGUUGUUGAAAAAGAAGCUGAAACUGGUAGAAAGUUGGCUAUUAUUGAGGCCGAAAAAUCAUCGCAAGUAGCACAAAUUACAUACAACCAAAAAAUAAUGGAGAAAGAGAGUCAAAAAAAGAUAUCUGAAAUUGAAGAUUCAACUCAUUUGGCAAAAGAAAAAGCAAUUGCAGAUGCUGAGUUUUAUAAGCAAGUGAAGUUGAUAGAGUCAAAUAAGAUGAAAUUGACCCCUGAGUUUCUGGAAUACACCCGAAUUCAAGCUAUCGGACAGAACAACAAAGUAUAUUAUGGAAAUACUAUUCCUAAUAUGUUUCUUGAUUCUGAAAUGUUAACUUUUAAAAAGAAAGCAAGCGUAAAAGAUGAGCCUUUAACAUCCUAACUUGAUAAUUUUUGAAAAUCUGGUUUAAAUAUUUUUUUAAUUUUUGAAAGAUGUAGAAUUUGAAAUGCUUACAAAUACUGAAGAACUGUAUCGAAUAAUAGUUUGUCAAUUAAUAUUGUUUUUUUUAACUUUUUUUGAUAAGAGCUUUAAAAAAGUGUAUAUUAUACUGGCAUAAUUUGUACUGUUUUAUAUACGAAUAGUCAAAAUAACACCGUUUUCUACUGGCGCAAA